UAUUAGCAUGCGUAGUAAGCAGUUGUAAAGGGCUGUUAUGCCACUAUGACUAUACCACUUUAUGGACUUAUGUAUGUGCAUCAUACAUAUGUACAUACAUAUAUACGUAUAUAGGUACAUCUGAUGGUUAUUGGACUAUUCUGGAGACCGUACCUUAUUCACUGCAAAACACCGCCACGAAUACUGCCGGAACAAUAACUAAUGUUUCAAACUCUCAUUUGCCAGUCCACAACCAAUCGAUGCAUCAGCAAGAUGAGGCAAACUCAACCGAAGGAAAUCUGAUAACAUCCGCUACGGUGGUGGUAGAAAUUCCAUCUGAGUCAAUGGGGAGCGCUAUUAAGUACACGAUCCCAGAAUCAGAACAUCAACUCAUUCAUACAACGGAGAGUCCGCAGCGGAUGGGCGCUUCUAGCUCGAAACAAAGGAUUCACAUUGUAAAGGACAUGAGAUUGAAUCCCACUAUGACUGUUUCGCAGCAAUCAACUAUGGCGAGGUGCAAUGUCGAGCAUCCCAAUCGGCAGUCAAGCACACAACAACAUUCUCAGCAACAUUUUACACUGAAUGAUUGUCUGAGUGGUGGCGUUGUGGUACAGCAGAGUCAUACAGAAAGACAACAGUCCGCUCAGCAGCAAACUGAAUUUAUUAAAAUCGAAUCAAUCCAAGAUAAAAUGAUGCUACGUAAUGUUAUACAAUAUGAUUCCGUGGCAGUUGCUUCAUCAUCUAUGGACGUAUUGCCAUCUGAUACAUCUCAAGUUAUUGAUGCGAUGGUUGGUAACGAGAAACAACAACAUCAUCAUCUACAGAUUCAGCCUUCACAUGCGGAAGUGUUGCGCAACACACGACAAAUUGAAUUGCUCGAUAAGGCAACCAUUCAGGCAGUGAGUGGAACGGUUCUCGAUGCUUUUGAUCAACAGAUACAGGAGCGCGACGGGGACGACAAGUCGCAUAAUAGUGAUAUGGAUGAUAAACUUGUUUCGCUUAUGCGGUGCCCAACAAAGAUCGUAACGGCGACGGCAGCGGAAAGUGGCAUACAGUUGCAAUAUGUGUGCAAUUUAUGUGGCAAGUCCUAUAAAAUCAAGGGGUCUUUAAAGCGACACAAACGCUAUGAAUGCGGAGUGGCACCAACGGUGGCUUGCAACUUUUGCCCACACAAAUGCAAGUACAAGUCAGAUCUGCGCAAACAUGUCACCCAAAAGCAUUCGGGUCAAAAUAGCGAAGAGCAUUUAAUGGAUCACUGAUUGACAAAUCAAUAAG